UCGUCUUCCUCCCUUUCCCUUUCUCUUGCUCUCUUUUCGCGUGCACUUGACUUUUCAAGUCCGCAUCACCUGCUCAUCUACUGCUAGACAGUGCCCCAGCGUAGACCGCUCACAUUCGUUCGGACCCUCGACGCUCUCGACUGUUCUGCACAGGCUACCUCUUUGAACCCUUCCAGUCUUUUCAGCAAUCAUGAACUCUUUCAUCGUUGGUCUUUCCCUUGCUGGCGCAGUUGCCGCCCAGGCUGUAAACGGUGUCUCCAUGGUCCCCGCCUACCAAGCCAACUACUACGGCUCGUCGUCUGAUGCGUCCUCGUCAACGACCGCGUACGAUUCGACAUACACGUCGUCUUCCGCCGACUCGUACGGCCAAGGCUACUCGUCGUCUUCCGCCGACUCGUACGGCCAAGGCUACUACUCGUCGUUCAUGUCUGGCGGGUACAAGACGAUGAACUGUGGUUAUGGCUACUCCAAGAACAGCGACGGAUACUGUGUCGCGGAGUCGUGGUGGCAGACCUCGGGAUGCUACGAGACCAUCAUCAUCAACAACAACGGUGGUGGCUACUGCGACAACUACGGCGGCGGCUACGGCGGCGGCUACGGUGGCGGCCAGACCGUCACCGUCACCCAGACCUCGACUGAGUACAACACCGUCACUCAGACAAUGACGAGUACCAUGACUGUCCCUACCACCGUGACCAUGUUCGAGACUUCCACGCAGGAGCACACGGAGACGGCCACGCAGACGCAGACCGAGAUCAUGACCUCCACCAAGCUCGUGCCUACGACUCGCGUGUGGGUUUCGACGGAGACCAUCGACAACACCAAGACUGUCGAGCACACCCUCACCGCUACCGAGACCAGCACGCAGUACAACGUCUACACCCAGACGAAGACCGACACGGAGUCGUUCACCGCUACCCAGACCGCGACCGACACGAUGUUUGUAACCCAGACUGUGCUGUCGACCAUCGUCCAGCCCACCACCUACAUCAGCACGUACCUCAGCACGGUGGUACAUGACAACACCGUCACUGAUGUUCAGACGAUGACCGACACCGUCACGGACGAGAUGACUUUGGUCUCCACCAUGACCCAGACUGCGACGAUGACUGAGACCGACGUUGUGACCAUGACGGACAUCAGCACCAUGAUCGUCCCGACCACCUACGUGUCUACCUACGUUCAGACGUCCGUGAUCGACAACACGAAGACCGUCGAGAACACCGUCACCGCUACCAUGACCGAGGAGAACACCAUGUUCUCCACCGUCACGUACCUGUCGACCGCCACCGCUACCGAGAGCUUCACCGAGACCGCCACCGCCACCGAGACCCAGACCGUCCAGGAGACCGCUCUCUCGGGCUGCCUCAAGUCCUGCAUGUCCAACAGCGGAUUGACCUACGGCAACAGCUACUCCCAGAACACGUACAUGAACAGCGAGUCGUCGACGGCGGUCACCGACUCCACGUCUUCGGUCGCGUACUCCUCGGCCUACGCGACUUCGUCCGCCGCCUACUCCGCUGCCACGGGCUCGGCCUACGCGAGUGUUAGCGGUUCUGCGUAUUCCUCCGUCGCGACCGACUCGUCGUCAGCUUCCUCGACCGCGUAUGCCGUGUCGUCCUCUAGCACGGGCGGGAUCUCGCUUUGCACGUCCGGCUCGUGCUGAACGCUCACUGCUCGCAUGUAGAUAAUAGUGUCUGUCGGCUGUGGGACAGUUUAACAUUACUCGAUGGACCUCUUCAAGUUUAGGCCACGCAAUUUUGUUUGUUUGAUUGGGACUGCUGAAAAUUCUCCGCGCUUGACGCCUUGCUUAAUAUGUUCUUGGGUCGUUGAAGUACUGUCCGCUUCUUUACAGCUACUGUAUCUAACUCAGUAGGCGCGCGCAUCCGACAUUACAUUACUUGGUCUGCGGCGCAAUAGAUGACAAAGGGGGCUUUGGCAUCUUAAUUU